AUUCCUGCACAGGGGAGGAGUAACGGCUCUUGUUGUCGCCGAGAUCUGGCGGGGAGGGGGUGGGGCUCAUUUGCUGCUGCCACCGCCCUCUCCUCCUCCUUCUCUUCCCCCCGCCUCGUCUCCUCCUUCCUCAUCUCAGCACGCAAGCAUUUGGCCAUCCCAGCCCCUCUAAGGGAUCCCGGCUGGCUGGGUUGGGAGCCAGCGCCGCGCCGCGCCGCCCAGCCGAGGGAGAGGGGAUCCCGUGUGUCCCUCGACUCUCUCUGGAGCCCUAGCAGAUCUUCCAAUGAACCUGUGGAAGUUAAAGAGAGUUUGGACAGGGACAUCUUUUUAUGUACUUUCAAGCCUUCGUGUGUUCAGGAGCUAGUAUUGGAUCUGAGCUUCUUGGUCAGGAGUAGCUCAGGAUUUGCUCAAAAUUUCAAGGCCGCUUCCAUGAUACAGGCCUGUUCUGACUUCUACACAGCCCAACUGAAAGCCUGAAAAAAAGAUUUUUAGAAGCUACAAAUGGACCCUUACAACACAAGUUCUCCGAUCACUUUUUUAGGUUCAUGUUGGGAAAAGGUUUGAAACGCAAGUUGAGUGAUUAUGAAGAGAACAUGGCUGGUGUGUCAAGUGCCUUUGAUUCCAGUCGAAACCUGCCAUAUCCACUCAAGCGUCAGUUGGUGCUCAAUGUUUGCCUUGCCAAGUUACAGACAUAUAAGAUGCUGGUGGAACCAAAUUUACAUCGUUCUGUGCUUAUAGCCAAUACUGUCAGACAAAUCCAAGAAGAGAUGAGACAAGAAACUAGCCAACAGUUUGUUAACAUGUGCAAUGGCUUAAGUACUACCCCUUCCAAUUAUUUAGGUUUUGAUUUCUUUGGAAUGCCUUCACACUUUUUGCCUGGUAUUAUUCAACCAGAAUCAUAUGGUUAUGAACCACGGUCUAUGGAAAGUCCAAUUGAAAAUAGCUUGUUGAUGGUUUCAGAUAAUGACAUGUCAUCAGCCAUUUCCUCUAUUCUAAAAGAUUUGGACUUCAUGGAAGAUGUGAGUCCACCUUCUUACUUGGCUGGAUCUGGAGAUGAUCAAUUCAAGACUUCUGAAAUGUCAGUUCUUAAGUUAGAAGAAGAUAGACAAGACCUGAAAGGAGUAGAAUGUGCAUUUGGUUCCUUUGAAAUUUCAAAUUCAACUAGUUACUUGAAGGACUUAGCUAUUGAUGACAUAUUUGAAGAUAUUGACACUUCAAUGUAUGAUUCAGACUUCGAUUGCCCCUCACCAACUCCUCCAAGAACACUGUCUGUGGCAACAACAGAAGACACAUUGAAGACAUUCCCUUCUUGUAAUUCUUCCUCAGCAAACAACAUCCCAAUAUGCAGAAGUGAUAUCACUGAUUUAGACCAUAUUAUGGAAAUUCUUGUAGGGUCCUGACACCUUUGCUAGCCCAAAGAUACGUUUUCCUAAGCUGGGUUGAAGAUAAGUCCCAGAGGAGAGCGAACUUCAAAGUGUUAUGCCAGAAAGGGCAGCUACAGACAUUUGUCUUUAAUGGUUCUCAAAACCUCCCUAGAAUUCCUAUAAACCAAAAAAAAAAAUAAUAAUAAUGACAGCCUGUUAUAUAAAAUGGAGUAUUUAAUUAAAUCAGUUGUGCAAUCUUUUUAACUCUUUUAGGCUAUACAUGAGUAUUUCUCAUGUGUUUCUAACUUUUUAAUGUGCAAUUUUCAAUCUGUGUGAAGAAUUUGCAGAACAGUGAUUUUCAUAAGGGGAAACAUUGCCUGAAGUCUAAAGAUUUAUUUUUAGUAUUAAAUUACAUUCUUUAUUGGCAUUCACUAAAGUUGCAUACAUGGAUUUGCAACCUCAGUACAGUAUAUUUUUAAAGUAUUUAAGAAAUUACAGAUCUCUUCCCCUUUAUUGAAGAUACUAGAUACUUGGCAGCAAAAUCUCUUGCAUUUUGUAAAACAUUUAAAAUUAUUUAUUUUUGUAAAUUUUAUAGUCUUUUUACAUUUUAUUACAAUAUUCUAGAUCAGAGAUGAAUUUCUGGUUGGAUGUGGCUGGCACUACCUCUGUUAGCAGAAAUGCUUUAAUACUUUGCUUUGUCUAACACUGCAGAUCUUUUAGUUUUCUUGGAUGAUAUUUCUGGUGGUAGAAGCAAACACAGCAAUUUGCUGAUUGGUUAAAUUUUAUGCUAUUUAACUGUAAUUUAUAUGUAUAUUGUCCCAAUUUUAAAACUUUGUCAGUAUUACGUGCAUCAAUUUGGAGGUAAUAUGGCUUUUUACAGUUUAGUAUUUUCUGUAUAGUUAGAGCUAUUUCAAUUUUCUGAAACAGAAUUUUAGAUUUUAUGUGCAAUAUAUCACGCAGGCCACUUUUGCACACCCUGUAUUAUAAGAAAAUACAUAAAAUCUAGAUGAUGGAAAUUUAUAUUAGUGUGUUAUCAGAGGUAUACCAUGCAAUUCUGUCUGCUGGCAGCUUUGUGCGAGAUUUGUAAGAGUUGAAUAUGGCUUGCCUAAGCACCAUUCUAAUUUUGUAUAUUUCUUUUUCUUAAAAUGGAACUUCAGUUGUCCAAAGUGCUUGCAAUGGAUUGUAUCUUCUUAGUGGCAGUUUUUUAUCUUGGUUUGGCCAAAUAAAGUUCUAAUUGAGUAGAAGUCCAGCAAAUCAUGCUGCCAUUUGAGAGUUAGUAGUCUGCCUAUAAGAAUUACACUUCAAAUUAAAGAAAUCGUGUUUUUUGCCA